CUCACAAGCAGCAUGGCUAUGCACCUGUGGAUGGUCACCCUGACCUUGGCUGCCCUCCUUGCCAUGGACAGUGGGGGGCAGGUGUCAGCAGGAAAACUUGUUUUCUCGAGAAUGCCCAUCUGUGAGCACAUGGCAGCAUCUCCAAAGUGUCCCCAAACACCUAAACUGAUCUGUGGCACAGAUGGGGUGACAUACAAAAAUGAAUGCUAUCUCUGCGUGACCCGGAUAAAAACCAAAAAGGACAUCCAGAUCAUGAAGGAUGGCAAGUGCUGAGCUCAAAGGUGCACUCAAGCCAUGAAGCUUCAAGCUGGAGAGCAGUGAUACUCCAGAAGCUAUGAUGUGAAAUAAAAGAUGCAGCCCAA